CUCAAAUUUAACAAUAGAGAACUUCCAAUUCCCUAUUCACCAAUUAUUAUCUAAAAAAAUACUAUAUCAAUUUCUAAAAAACGGAUAAUUUCUUGAACUCUGGUGGAACCAUAGCCAUCCAUGGCUUUCUCUUUGUUCACAACUACAACUACAUCAUCAAGCUUGUCUCCUCAAUGCCAAGCUCGACUCAAUACCAGUCGCAAUAGAACCAACCCAAAGCGCGUGUCUACAAACACAAACAGAAGAAAGCAACAAAAACCCAAUCCCCCUCAACUCAAAUCCGGUGAGUUUAGACCACCACCACCAAUUACCACCGCCACUGGUGACACUGCCACUACCUUCACGCGCUUACCCCCAAAAGAUGACUUUUUUAUUCCAAAACUUCAAGAUUCAACUGAAAUUACUCUCUUUGAGUCAACUAAACCAACCCCAUCUAAGAAUCUUGAAAAACAAUUGGAUUUGUUGGAUGAUGACAAUGUGGAGAAUUUAAGGUUUGAUUAUGGAAAGUUCGAGUUGUACGAGGUUAAUGAUGAUUCUGAGGAUGAAAAUGAUGAAGACGAUGGUGCAAUGGAAGGUACUAAAAGUAGGGUAUUUGAGGGUAGUGGGAAGUUUGAGUUGUACGAGGUUGACGAUGAUUUUGAUGAAAAUGAUGAUGAGGGGGACAGUGAAAUGGAAGGUUCUAAAAGUGGGGUUUUUGAGGGUAGUGGAAAAUUCAAGUUGUACGAGGUUAACGAUGAUUUUGAGGAUGAUGAUGAUGUGGGGGGCAGUGAAAUGGAAGGUUCUAGAAUUGGGGUUUUUGAGGGUGGUGAUGUGUUUGAAGGGGAAGGUAGUGAUAUAAAGGAGAAGGAGAAAGGGGUUCCAGCAGUAAUGAGGUGUUUCGAUAGGGCGAAAAUAUAUGUAAAAGCAGGUGAUGGAGGGAAUGGGGUGGUGGCAUUUAGAAGGGAGAAGUUUGUUCCAUUAGGUGGACCAUCAGGUGGUGAUGGAGGGAGGGGAGGGAAUGUGUAUUUGGAGGUAGACGGGUCGAUGAAUUCGUUGUUGCCUUUUAGGCAAAGCGUGCAUAUUAAAGCUGGAAGAGGAGGGCAUGGUCAUGGAAAGAAGCAAUUCGGGGCAAAAGGCGAAGAUGUAGUGGUAAAGGUUCCACCAGGUACUGUCGUUAGGGAGGCUCAGGAGGGUGGAAUUCGAGGGAAUGUACUUUUCGAGUUGUUGCAUCCAGGACAGAGGGCAUUGCUGUUGCCUGGUGGAAGAGGUGGGAGAGGGAAUGCCUCUUUUAAGACAGGGAUGAAUAGGGUGCCCAAAAUCGCCGAGAAUGGAGAAGAAGGUCCGGAGAUGUGGUUAGAGUUGGAGCUUAAGUUGGUUGCUGAUGUCGGUAUAGUUGGAGCGCCAAAUGCUGGGAAAAGUACAUUUCUCAGUGUUAUAAGUGCUGCUCAGCCAGCUAUUGCUAAUUAUCCCUUUACCACUUUGCUCCCAAAUUUGGGCGUAGUUUCAUUUGAUUAUGAUGCUACUGUGGUCGUCGCUGAUCUGCCUGGUCUACUCGAAGGGGCACACCGAGGUUUUGGUUUAGGCCAUGAGUUUCUUCGGCACUCAGAAAGAUGUUCAGUCCUGGUGCAUGUGGUUGAUGGUUCAUCUCCACAACCGGAAUAUGAAUUUGAAGCUGUUCGUCUUGAACUGGAAAUGUUUAGUCCUGAACUUGCUGAAAAGCCUUAUUUAGUGGUUUACAACAAAAUGGAUCUCCCAGAUGCAUAUGAGAACUGGAAGACAUUCAGGGACAGUCUGAGAUCUCGUGCAAUUGAACCCUUUUGCAUGAGUGCAGUGAAAAGUGAGGGUACACAUGAAGUUAUUUGUGCUGCUUAUGAGCUUGUUCGUAGAAGAAAAGAAGCUGCUAAAGAAGAAGUGAGAACAGACACAGUAAACUUGAACUAUGUUGCUGACUUGGUGAAAAAGAAGCGAAAUGCUCCCAUAAACGAGUUUGAGAUCACCCAUGAUAGUUCUUCCAAAACUUGGUAUGUUCAAGGAUCAGGCCUGCAACGUUUUGUCCAAAUGACAAACUGGAGAUAUAUGGAUUCAGACAGAAGAUUUCAACACGUUUUGGAGGCAUGUGGUGUGAAUAAAUCUCUGCUCAAGCUUGGUGUGAAAGAGGGUGACACCGUCGUCGUUGGAGAUAUGGAGUUGGAGUGGCAUGAUUAUGAUAAUGCAGGCUCUAUAAGUAGGAGGAAGUGGGCUGUAGAACCAAGUCGAUAAUUUCAUGGUUGCUCUUUCAAAUGUGCUGCUGAUCAAAAAAUCGUACAAAAGACUAAACAUCCUUCAUGUGGCAUUUCCCAGAACUUAAACCAGAGCUGCUGACAAUCUUCUUAUAUUAUACAUCUGCACCACGGUCAAGACAUGUAAGUACUAUAAUUUUGUUCAAGACAUUGCAUAAAAAAUCGUUUCCUUUGUGCUAAUGUGAAUUAUAGGGAUCGUCAUAAGCUUAUACUCGCUUUCUGAAUAGGUUCAUACUCUCAAGUUGUGAAUAAUCUAAUCAAGACAUUACAUAAAGAAAUUCUUCCCUUUGUGCUAAUGUGAAUUAUAAAUUUGGGAUCGUCAUAAACUUAUAUCCGCUUUCUGCGUAGCUUCACACUCUAGUUUUGAAUAAUAUAAUCAUGCCUCCAAUUUAGCGGAGCAUUUUCGAUCAAAACACCUUACCGAUCUGCAAGAGGAGUGGGGCCAGAAGAUAUGGGACCACCUCGGAACAUCUUCGUCUCAUGCCGGAAUAAUGCAGCUUCUUCUUUCUGGUGCAAUGAUAUGCAUCAUUAUCCUCAUUUGUUAAUUUAUGACAGUGACAGUGGAGUUAUGUGAUAUUAUAUUUUUUGUCCAUUUAGAAACAUGAUCAUGGUCAGUGAGGUCAUAUAGCCGCCUUACCUAUUUAGGACUGAGACAUAAUUGUAAUAUCUUAAAGUUUCAAAUGACCAUAUAUAAGCAAGUUGAUUAUAGUUGUAGUAAUUGUUUUUGGUGAA